AGUUUGGACAGAAGUUUAAAUGGAGACAGACAACCUAUUCGUACGGGUCCCUCCUUAGGUUUCUUUUUUUUUGGAAUCACAAUACAAUAUGCAAUACAAUGUGUGUUAUUUUUCAAUUAUAGUGUGUGAUGUAAUAGUCAGACAACGUUUAGCGGUAACUGAAAAAAAUGCAUAAAAUUGAAUCGGUUUAAGACAUCCUAACGGCGCGGUGGUGGUACUGUUGCAAUUUAAAAGGUAUAAUUUUGUGCAUCUGCUUGGAGCACUCAAAUGAGUCACCAUUGUGUAUCACGGACAAUUUUCGUUGAAUCGAUUGCACCAAAUUUUAAAAUUCCUAAAACAUUGGCAAAACGAGAAUAAUUUUGAUUCUAUUUAUAAACGUUGAUUGUGCGUCGAAUAUUACCCACGAUUUAAUCAAAGGAAUUUGUCUUUGGAGACAAAUUGUCGUACAAGAUAAAGUGUUAUCGUUGCAGAUAAAUACACUGUGUCGACGAUUGUUUCAUUGGAAAACAUUAACAGUUUAUUCGUCAAGUGAGUGUAAGCAUAUCUGAUGAAUGUGCGAUCUGAAUUAAGUGUAACGAUCGAGUGAAUAAGAUAGUAACUUUCGUGCGGCUUCAGUGUUGAAGAACGGUCAUUUUAAUGCAGUGAGAAAAUCAAAUGCAUUUGCUAAACAAACUUCGAAGACGAACAACGAACACUGAAGCGCUUCUAACAAGGAACUUACCUUGCAAGAAAUUGGACGACCUAUCACAUUGAAGAUGGAUUUGUGGGGAGGAAUUAUUCUUGUGGUUAUUGCUGCCGUAACCAUCUACUUUAAAUUCUUUCACAAGGAUGCCGAAUCAUCACCAAAGCCUAGACAUUAUAAUGGAAUACCCUCGAAUGUACUACGUUCGCGCCUAGACAAACGAAUGCUUUGGUGUGAGUUGGAAGAGGUAAGAAUAUCCGGAGUGUUGGACGUUAUUUCGUUGAACGAAAAAGUCCUACAAGAGUCAAUUUUUGAAUUGCUGACCUCCGAAGCAUCUUUCAAUAACUCACUCAACGUUCUUCAAGACUUUAUCAGCACUUCUGAUCAGUUCAAGACAUAUGUGGGACACCAGGAUACGGAAGUUUUGAAGAGCAGUUUAGAACAGAUUCAAAGGGUGUCGAAUGCCUUUCUUGAGGAUUUGCUAAAAAAGUGGGAAGAUUCCUUGUACAUCAAUGAAAUUGGAGAGUUGAUUAAUCACUAUGUACAAAAUGGAUUUGGCGUAUACAGAGAAUACUGUGGAAAUCAGCCUAAUCUGGACCAUACUCUCCAGAAAUUACGGUUGCAAGAGGACUUUGUGCAAAUGAUGAAGGCAAUUCAAGACAACCCCAAGUUUCAACGGCUAGCCUUAGAUUCCUAUCUCAUGCUGCCGAUGCAACGAAUCACAAGACUUCCACUACUGAUGAAUGCCAUCAUGAAGAAAGUGACAUUCGAGAAUGAAAAGGAUCGAUGUGUUCAGGCAUUCGAGAAUUUAACCAAGUUGGUGCAAGAAUGCAACGAGAUGGCGAGAGAGACACAAGACUCACUGGAAGUGCACGCUAUUGUUUGCAAAUUUGAGAAUGUCGACUCGGCCCAUGAUGCCUUGGGGAAAUUUAUACUUAAAGAGGAAUUUGUCAAGUAUCCUGCAGAGACUAAUGGCAAUUUCAAAGUUGAAUUCAGCAAAUUGAGUUUCCGCAAACAGAAACCGAAGCAUUGUCUCGUUGUCUUUUACACACAUCAAAUAUUUGUUUUCCGCAGACGAAGUUCUGGUAAACUCGAACUCCUGGACGCCGUCUCAACAAGUAAUGCAAACGUGGCCAUAAAAGCGUUUCCUAUAAAUAGCGACUAUGUGUGGAAGGAGUAUCCGCAUACAUUUCUGGUGUACUUUACAAAGGAGAAAACCUUUCAUAUAUUUGGUGCAAAGCAAAAAUCUCAAAUUGAAAGUUGGCAGCGAAAGCUAGAUGUGAUAAACGGUUCAACUAGCACGCUAACGAUCCCAGUUGUUCGAAAUUUCGAUACACAUUUGGACACAGUGAGUAAUCUAUCCUGAUGGUGCCCGUGACGGACCAAAUAUAAAGACAUCUAGAUGUUGCAUACAGUUGUUGUUACCUUCACCGUGCAAUAAAGGACUGAAAAA